CGCGCGGGAGCCGAGCGUCGGAUGUUUGGACCUGAUGCGUCUUCUCCACAUGGAGACAUCCGGACUGACUCUGGGAUUUAUCCUCUAACCUGUGGCAGUGCAGAAGACUUCAGCAGUGGGACGUUUUUGUGUGUGUUUUUUGUGAGUGUGUGUGGAUUCUAAAGCUGAACGCGCUCACGGGGCGUGCACAGAAACGUUUACAACAAUGUUGUGCACGCGCGUUGUUUUAGCCAAGAGUUUGGACUGCGUGUGAGAACCAGCCAGAGUUUGUGUGUGUGUUUGGUUGCCUGUGUGUGUGUGUGUGGAUGCGCGUACGUCAGGAUGAGUGUCCCCAUGUUAAAGAUCGGCGCGGUGCUCAGCACCAUGGCGAUGGUGACGAACUGGAUGUCCCAGACUCUGCCCUCGCUGGUCGGACUCAAUGGAACCGUCAUUUCCUCUGACGGCACACACGAGCGGAUCGUCAGUGGCUUGUACCCGGGCUCGGAGGAGGGCUGGCAGGUGUACAGCACGGCCUCGGAUCCGGACGGCAGGUGUGUUUGCAUGGUGGUCGCCCCGGCACGAAACCUCUGCAAACGAGACCCUCGGAGUCGGCAGCUUCGCCUGCUGACUGAACAGGUCCAGAAUGUGAGUCAGUCCAUGGGGGUGGUGGACCUGCGGACAUCCAGAGACCUGCAGUACGUCCGAGACUCUGAGCCCCUGCUGAGAGGAGUGGAUGGACGUCUACAGACUUACGCCGCCAACCCCCGCGCCCUCACGACCAAGGGCCUGCAGGAGUUAAAGGGCCAGAUGUCCCGGCUGCGGCCCCUCCUGUCGGUGGUGGAGCAGUACCGAUCGGACCUGCAGACGCUGGCCACCGUGCGGCUGGAGCUCCUCAACCUGUCCGUGGUCCUGGCGGCCGUUCAGGAAGAGAUCGGAGCGUACGACUACGAGGAGCUGCAGCAGAGGGUGUUGCUGCUGGAGACGAGGCUCCACAGCUGCAUGAACAAGCUCGGUUGCGGUCGCCUGACUGCAGUCAGCACCCCAAUCACGGUGAGAGCCUCCGGGUCCCGCUUCGGCUCCUGGAUGACCGACGCAAUGAUUCCCAGCUCCGACAGCAGGGUGUGGUCGAUGGACGGCUACUACAAGGGCCGGCGCGUGCUGGAGUACAGAACCAUGGGGGACUUCACAAAGGGGCAGAACUUUGUGCAGCACCUGUUGCCCCAUCCCUGGGCAGGAACCGGCCACGUGGUCUACAACGGGUCGCUCUACUACAACAAACACCAGAGCAACAUCCUGAUCCAGUACCACUUCCGCUCCCGCAGCGUGCUGCUGCAGCGCAGCCUGAGCGGAGCGGGCUACAACAACACCUUCCCCUACAGCUGGGGAGGCUCCUCGGACAUCGACCUCAUGGCCGACGAGAUGGGUCUCUGGGCCGUCUACACCUCCAUCCCAAAUGCUGGAAACAUUAUGGUGAGUCGCAUGGACUCUCGCUCGCUGGAGGUCCUGCAGAGCUGGGACACGGGGUUCCCUAAGCGCAGCGCGGGGGAGGCCUUCAUGAUCUGCGGCACCCUCUACGUCACCAACUCCCACCUGGCCGGCGCCAAGGUGCACUUCGCCUACCACACCAACUCCUCCACGUACGAGUACACCGACGUCCCGUUCCACAACCAGUACUCCCACAUCAGCAUGAUGGACUACAACCCCCGCGAGAGAGCGCUGUACACCUGGAACAACGGACACCAGGUGCUCUACAACGUCACACUGUUUCACAUCAUCAGGAGCGACGGAUAGAUCGGAGCGUAGCAACGGUUUAAAAAAAAGAGAGAGAGAGAGAGGCAAUUUGUCAUUUGAGGAUACUGCACACACACACACACACACGUACACAUACACACCCACACGCACAACGGCCAUUCGAGUCAACAAGGAUAAGAUUGCUUUCUGUGUUUGAAUUUGAAUGACUUGAAGACUGCGACUAGACACAAAACGUGUUGACCUCACGCCUAAAGGUCAAAGAGUGUUCAUCACAGUGAAGAGGAAAAUGAACCGCUUCUGCCACAGAGACGCCGGGCGGGAAGAAAUCAGACACUUCGUGCUCGUCCAUAUUCUGUUGCGUUUCGUUCCAACUUGUGUCUCAAGAAUUGAUUUGGGAAUAUGAGGUCGUAUCAUCCCCAAAAAAAAAAAAAAGAAAUGCAGCUCGCGACCAGAAUUUCAACUCGACUCCGACGAAGGACCCGAGGGCGGCGUUCUGGGCUUGUGAUGUGAUCGUGGACGUGUUCAGUCAGCAUGGUUGUUCAUUCAAUAAACACUUCUGUCAAAAUUG